AAAAAAUAAAUAAAAAAAUAAUCUGGGAACUAGGUUGGAGCGCUGCCGGGGGUGUGUCGGCAGCGAGCGCGCAUGUGAGGAGCGGGAGGCGAGCCCGGCUCGCCCUCCCUGCUGCGAGCAUCCUCCGCCGAGCCGGCCCGGGGAUACAGGCGCAGCAGCAUCCAUGGCCUGCGCCUAGCGCGGCCUCCGCGCCCUCCUCCUCCUCCUCAUCCUCCUCCUCCUGCUGCUGCCGCCGCCCGGGAAGCGCUGCUGAGCCGCCACCGCACUCUCCUGCGUUUUUCCAGGCUCCCGGGAAACUGAGGAAUGCAAUUCUGCCACCAUGAUGGAAGGACUGAAAAAGCGCACCAGGAAGGCCUUUGGCAUACGCAAGAAAGAAAAGGACACUGAUUCCACAGGGUCACCAGACAGGGAUGGCAUCCAGCCCAGCCCUCAUCCCAAUGAUCCAACUUCCAAUAGCAAAGCCGAGGGCACGCGGGAAGGAGGAAAUAAAAACGGGAAGAAAACCAACGGGGCCCCAAAUGGAUUUUAUGCAGAGAUCGACUGGGACAGAUACAACUCGCCUGAGCUGGAUGAGGAGGGAUACAGCAUCCGACCCGAGGAACCAGGAUCUACCAAAGGAAAGCACUUCUACUCCUCCAGCGAGUCGGAGGAGGAGGAGGAGGCGCACAAGAAAUUCAACAUCAAGAUCAAGCCCCUGCAGGCCAAGGACGUCCUGCGCAGCGCGGCCACCGUGGACGAGCUCAAGGCCUCCAUAGGCAACAUUGCACUUUCUCCAUCCCCUGUGAGGAAAAGUCCGCGGCGCAGCCCGGGGACGAUUAAAAGGAAUUUAUCCAGUGAGGAGAUCACGCGGCCCCGGCGCUCCACGCCCACGCCAGACCCCGCCAGCAAGAAGCCCGCGGAGGAUCCGGCGGCGCUGGCCCCGCUCUUCGGGCCCCCGCUGGAGUCGGCCUUCGAGGAGCACAAGCUGGAGGCUGCUCUGGACCAGCCUGAGAUAUGGGGGUCAGUGCAGCCCAUCAACACAAACGUAGAGUCCCCAAAACUUCCAAGACCUUUUCCAACUGGAACCCCUCCGCCGCUCCCCCCGAAGAACAUCCCGGCCACGCCGCCGCGCACCGGCUCCCCCCUGCCCCCGGCCAUCGGAGGGGACCAGGCAGCAGCAGAGCCCAAACGGGACAAACUCCCGUCCAUCAAUGACUUGGACAGCAUUUUUGGCCCCGUGCCGUCCCCCAAAUCUGCUGCUGCCACCGCGGAAGACAAGUGGGUCAAUUUUUCCGAGCAAUCCCCGGAAAACGCGCCUCCGGAGCUGUCGCCCCGGGAGAAGGCGGCGUCCCCGGCGGCGGGCAGCCCGGCCAGCGCCCCGGCCGAGCCUCCCCGCCCGCUGCCCUCGCCGCUGCAGCUGCAAGACGCUCCCAAGAAGCUUCCCGAGCUUAAGGAUGAUUCGGCCGAGCCCGUCGCCUCUCCCAAAGAUUUGGGGCCGGGCCCCAGGGGCACCCCGCCGCCCCCGCCGCCGCCCACCUACCGCGCCGUGGUCUCGUCCCCCGGACCGGGCGCCGGCACGGGAAGCACCAGCGGUUCCUCGUCCCCGGCUCGCCCCGGAACGCCGCUGGCCACGUGUGGCACCCCCCCGCCACCGCCGCCCCGACCCCCGUCCCGGCCCAAGCUGCCCCCGGGCAAACCCCCCGUCGGCGAUGUGUCCAGGCCUUUUAGCCCUCCCAUCCACUCCUCCAGCCCUCCUCCGAUAGCACCUUUAGCCCGUGCUGAAAGUACUUCUUCCAUAUCUUCCACCAAUUCCCUGAGUGCAGCCACCACUCCCACCGUUGAGAAUGAACAGCCUUCCCUCGUUUGGUUUGACAGAGGAAAGUUUUAUUUGACUUUCGAAGGCUCGUCGCGGGGCCCCAGCCCCCUGACCAUGGGGGCACAGGACACCCUGCCCGUGGCCGCCGCCUUCACCGAAACCGUCAACGCGUACUUCAAAGGGGCUGACCCCAACAAGUGCAUCGUGAAGAUCACGGGGGAGAUGGUGCUGUCCUUCCCGGCGGGCAUCACCCGACACUUUGCCAACAACCCCGCCCCAGCCGUGCUCACCUUCCGCGUGCUCAACUUCAACAGGCUGGAGCACGUCCUGCCAAACCCCCAGCUCCUCUGCUGUGACAACGUGCAGAGUGACUCCAACUCCAAGGAGUUCUGGGUCAACAUGCCAAAUCUGAUGACUCACCUAAAGAAGGUAUCGGAGCAGAAACCUCAAGCCACCUAUUACAAUGUGGAUAUGCUCAAAUACCAGGUGUCUGCCCAGGGUAUUCAGUCUACUCCAUUAAACCUUGCAGUGAGCUGGCGGUGUGACCCUGCAAGCACUGACCUGCGCAUCGACUACAAAUACAAUACAGAGGCAAUGACCACGCCUGUAGCUCUAAACAACGUCCAGUUCCUCGUCCCCGUCGACGGAGGAGUAACCAAACUUCAAGCUGUGCUUCCUCCUGCUGUCUGGAAUGCUGAACAGCAAAGGAUAUUGUGGAAGAUCCCAGAUAUCUCCCAGAAGUCAGAAAAUGGAGGCGUGGGCUCGCUGCUGGCGCGGUUCCAGCUGGCCGAGGGGCCGAGCUCGCCGGCGCCGCUGGCCGUGCAGUUCACCAGCGAGGGCAGCACCCUGUCCAGCUGCGACAUCGAGCUGGUGGGCGCCGGCUACCGCUUCUCCCUCAUCAAGAAGAGGUUCGCGGCAGGUAAAUAUUUGGCGGAUAACUGAUGGAAGCUUAUGCAAGUCCAUGGAAAAUACUAUGGAAAAUACCCAAGGACUGCUGUGCGUGGAACGGGUUUUAAUUACAGUUUAAGGAAAAUGAACUAAAUCCUGCACUCGGGACAUUUCUGUUGGAAGUGUCGACAACUUUCAGCAUUUUUUUUCCUUGGAAAACACCGUCUUGACCAGUCCUCCAGUAUUUACUUCUAGAUGUAACAUUGUUAAUGGUUUUAAAAUGUAAUUAUUGUAUUUGUAAAUUGUACUCAUUCCAGUAAGGCUGUAUUUUGGCAGUUAGACACUUGAGUUUUAGCAUUUUACCAUUCAUGAAAUGGAUGUAAUUUAAACUGUGGUAUAUAAAUCUAAUAGUAGUACUGUUGAAUGGCACAAUGCUUACAGAGGUAGAUUGCAUUUUGUCAAUAUAUACAAUUUAAAUACGAUACUGGUAGCUGUUAUGAAGGGGGUGCCUCAUCAAAAGAGAGUUCAGUAGGGCCCACAGGCUGAUUUAAUUUUCCUUCAGUCCUUAGUACGUCUCACAGCAAUCAAUAAAAACCUUCAGGUUUAGCUGGUUUAACUCCAGAAAAAUAUUCUUGGAAAGGUGGAGGUUCCUAGGACAGUCUCCCAGGAAGGAAAUCUCACUUCUGCAGGGAGUAUUGACUCCAAAUUUCCAGCCCUGAGUUCUCUUACAGCUGCAGAUUCCCUGUUGGGAUCCCAGCAGCUCUUCCCUGCCCCGUGCCCGGGUAUUUUGCAGGGCUACAGACGAGGAAAGAAGCAGCAAAGAGGCUGGGUGGUCCCUCUGAGCUCCCAGCACUGGCACAAAAUGUCACUGUUGGGUUCAAGGAUGAGUUUUCCGAGCUGCCUCCGGACGUUCGGUUGUGGUUUUGCGUUGCUUUGCUGUCUUUUUUCUGCCCUUCCCACCCAUUUUUGAAAGCUCUACGGGUUUAGAAAACGCUUUAAAGAAUUGCAGCUGCACCUGCUUCUCUAUUUGAGCACUCAGGCAGGAAAAUGUGCAUGGAAAAGCACUGGGAAAGAAUUCCCCAGGGAGCAGGAGCAGCACGGGGGCUGUUGAUAGCAGCCAGGGCAGGAGCCCAGCUCGCCAGCAUUGGGAGCAGCUGUGUUGUGGAGAUGGCAAAGCACAUGGAAGUGCUAAACUGGAGCAUGGGGGACAAAAUAUUAUCCCUCUGUGUUUUCCCUGUCCCGCUGGGUGCUGCUCAUUCCCGUGGGUCUCGGUCUCAUGCCACUCCUGGCAGCAUGGUGAGAGCGUUGGUGGCAUUCACGGUGCUGCAGCUGCUGAGCUGGGCUUGUGAAACAGCAGAAUUCGGCAAAUUCGGGAAGAAAAAUUAGGGAAUCUUUGUGAAAUUAAACACAGAGGCACAGAGGAGCAUCCAUGAAUGGGGUGCUGGGACUUUGGGAAUGCGUGAGGCGACAAAAAGUGCUGGUUUUCCAAGUGUUGCUAGGGUUAGAGUGGUGCAUUUACACUGGAAAACAGCCUGGGCAUGUUGGGAAGUGCUUGCUCAUGGAGCAGUUUGAUGAAGGAAAACAGAGCUCUGUGCCCAUCUUGAGAGAAAAGAAGGAAAUGUGGGGCUAUUUCAGGUGUGAGGUGGCUCCCAGGCUGAGACUGGGGGGUGAGCUGUGUGUGAGCUGACAGAAGGCAGCAGCAGGAAAGGAAAAGCACAAUUCACUCCUGCAGCUUCCCACAUCCUCACAGACUUUGGGAGCGCACUCCCCAGUGUCCCACUCCAUGAAUAAUUUCCCCCCUGAACUGGUAAUUUGUAUAAAGUGUGCAGCUCACCCCUUUCUGACACAGAAAUAUAGGGCAAACCCUAAGAAUCAGGUUUAGGGUGUGUACGAUUGCUCCACACCUAUCCUUCCAAAAGAGAUCUACAGUAUAGACCUGGAAAAAAAAGGAUUUAUAUUGUAAAUAUUACAGAACAUAGAGAUUUUACUUUAUAUUUCAUUUGAAAGACAAGGUGUUUACAUUAGCAUUGGGUUUUUGAGUGCUUUUUAAACAGAAAAACCCAUAACCCAAAGCUCCCAAGCUCAUCCUCUUUGAGCUGGUGAACAAAACAGAGGUCACUUUUUGGGGACGCAGCCCUCACGGCCUGGAGAGAGAGAUGGGAACAGCCUGGGACAUUUUGUCCUAUUUCUGGGACGUGUGGGAUGUGGCAGCACUCCCAGCCCCACAGGGACAGUCCCAGCUCCAGCACUGGCAGGUGGCACCAACCCUGUGGCACUGGGACCAAAAGCAGUGAUUUGGGACAGGUUUUUCCACACUGCUUUGCCAGCUUUUGGCACACGGUUUUCUCAGAGUGCCCCGGGGUUUGUUGGGAAUUUGGUGAGAGCACCUGGCUCCAGAGCCCUGUAGUGCUCAGGGCAUUCAAGCUCUGCAGGCUUCACCUUGGGUUUGAGGUAGGAAAAUCUGUGUAUUUUCAGGGAUUGCACCUGUUUGGGGUGGCCUGCCCCCUCACAGAGAGCAGGGAGGUGAAAUGGCACUGAUUUGGUUCCAUACAGAUCCCAGACUGGUUUGGCUGGGAAGGGAUCUUAAAAAUCAUCCUGUUCCACCCCUGCCAUGGCAGAGACACCUUCCACCAUCCCAGGCUGCUCCAGCCUGGCCUUGGGCACUGCCAGGGAUCCAGGGGCAGCCACAGCUGCUCUGGCAAUUCCAGCCCAGCCCCUGCCCACCCUGCCAGGAACAAUUCCCAGUUCCCAAUCUCCCAUCCAUGGCUGCCCCCUGGCAGUGGGAGCCAUUCCCUGUGUGCUGUCCCUCCAUCCUUGUCCCCAGUCCCUCUGCAGCUCUCCUGGAGCCCCUCCAGGCCCUGCCAGGGGCUCUGAGCUCUCCCUGGAUCCUUCUCCUCUCCCAGCUCUCCCAGCCUUGGAGCAUUCCCAGAGGGAAGCAGCACAGCUCUGUUUCCCAGCAGGGCUUUUCCCAAGUCAGGCUGAGGCUGGAGAGGGGGAUCAGCCCUCUGGAACUGCCCAGCCCUGGCACCCCUGAGCUCAGCAGCACCGGGAUCCAUCUGGGUGAGCAGAAGGAUAAAUAAAGGAGGCAUUCAGUCAUAAAUAUGUGAAUGCAUGCACAGAAAGGCUCCAGCUCCAUUCCUUCCAUUUCCCUUUAGACUCUGUCCUUAGCAACCUCUCCCAAAGGAAUUUUCCCCUGGGAAUUUGGCAGCCCACACCUGCAGAGUCAAGGUCCCACUGGCAGAGCAGGAGAGUUUUCCCCAUGGACACCUUCACAUUUGGAAUCCCACAUGGCAGGAGCAGGAAGUCAUCUUUUACCAUCUUUCUGCAGUUUGGUGCAAACAGCCACAAUUCUCAGCCAGCUCACGGUGCUCCUCACAGGAGACCUUUCCGAGCAGUUUUCUACUUUAACAAUAUUUCUUAAUAACUCUGAAAUCUCCUAAUAGUAGGAAAAACCACCAAUAAUGAGCUUUUUGUUUGGUGUCUGAAUUUGUUCUUAAAUAUUACUGCCCUGUUUACAUCUUCUUGGUUUUGGUGUCAUUCGGUAUUCCAGUGAAAUUAAUUUGCUGUCACUCUGCUCUUUCAGGUUCUAUCUAUCAUUUUUUAAAACAUAAGUGGGAAAAACCUGAAAGUUUCUGCUGGAAUGCUCUCCCCUUUUAGCCAGGCAGAGCGGGCAUGGGAAGGGAAGGCACAGCCCCCCUGCCACCCUUCCCAGGCUGCUCCCUGAGAUCCCUCCAGCAGGAGCAUCCUAAAAAAAGAGUCACCACCUCUUUCUCCCAGCAGCAGCAUUUUUCAAUGGCUGGAGUGCACUGAAAAGGUGACAGAUUUUUAAUUUACCUAAGAGAGAGUCAAACUUUUUUCCCCUACCCUUUUGUGGUUUUUAUGUGAAAACGUCUUGGUUAAAACCCCUAAUUUUGAAGCUAGUCAUGACCAAAAUACGUAAAGCCAUCCUGUUGUACUUUCCAGGCUAGAAAUUACUGUCUCAAAGAUUUCAUUUCAUAGCCAGUAUGCUUCUGUUCCUCUUUUCCUCACGAUUUCCCAAGGAAAUGAAUCCGUGUAGAGCCAGGGAGGUUUUAUGAUAAUCAGGAUUAUUCCAGUGAGGAUUUUAAUUCUUCUUUCACUGCAAGGCAAGGAAAAGAUUUGCAGGAAUACGCCCUGCUCCUGCCUGGCUUCCCUUGUCCCUUUAGGAGGGAUGGUGCUGGCAGUGGUUCUUGGAACCACAAAUUGUUGGUGGUGAUGCUCUCAAAGGCUUGGGGACAAGCAGGAUGUGGGGGAACACACCAGACCCCAGCGAGGCUUUGGGGAUGCCUUGUCCAUCCGUUAGAAAUUCAGCUUUUCUGGGACAGCGGGAAUCGCUGUGGAUGUGCUGUCCCCGUGUUGGGUUCCUCAUCCGUGCAGGAAGGGGUUUUUCACUCCCAAACGUUCCAAGGUUGAUGAAAUCCCCUGGAUGCUUGGGUGACAUGAAACAAACAGAGAUGUGGUGUGGUUUGAGCCAGGAUCUGAGCUGGGAUGUGCCAGGAAGCUCCCAGGGCUGGUGGGAGGAGAGCCCAGGAUGUGGGACAACCCCACUGUGACACCCCUGCAGUGAAUCAGAUAUCCCCAGGUAUCACCCUGGACCACUUAACUCCCUCGUGUAUAAAAUGUUUAUAAAUAUUUGUGGAUGAAGAUACACAGGUCUAUUUUUAAGAUUUAAGUUAAAUAAGUUAAUGAAUGGCUGGCCUUUUCUGCCUAAACGUGCAAUGAGAUAUAUUAUACCUUUAGUCUACGAUGGCCUAGGUACUGCUUAGUCUGUGAUGAAAACUUUGCUGCUUUCCUACUGUUCUCAGAGAAAAAAGAAAAAAAAACAACCUAUAAAAGACGUACAGGUUUGUUGCACAGGGACUACUGCAGCGAAGCUUUGUAUUUGACCACUGGUAAUAUGAAUGUGUUGUAUUGACUUGUUGAAGAUAAUCAUGAAACAACAUAUUUUAAAUGUUACUUGCCUUAUAGAUUAGAGUACGACUAUGUGGAUAUCAUUUUUUGUAAAUACUGUUUUUUAUAAAUGUCUCUCCUCCAUCCUCCCCGUCACCAAUUUCACCGACUCUCAAAUAUGCAAUUAUUUACCAUGCAGAGCGUUGUGACAAAGAAAUCCCCACGUCAGAACAAAGUUUAUUCAUUCUAUACAUAAGAACCACAUGAAAUACCCAACUGAGUUGCAAUUUAAAUGUGAUUAUUAUUAUUUUUUUCCUUGAAAAUAAACAAAAAAAUGUAAAACA